UCAUAUAUAGUGUUUAAUUCUGUCUGUAUCCCCAUGAACAUGAAUCAUUGAUAACUUUGUUCUGCUUAGGCUGUAUCUUCAAAGAUUCAUGGCAUCCAUAUCAGCUAGAAAGCGAUGCUCGGGUUGUAAACUGCAGCUUCAGACAGCAGGAGUGAGCUGAUGGUGUUCUUCUUGGAGAGAUGGAUAAGAUUCCAUUUCUUGGGUAUUGACUUGAACUUCAAGGAAAUUUCCUGGAUAUGCCUGCUGAAUAGGAUUCAGGCUUUGAAUGUGAUUGAAUCUUUGGUAAUAUCCACUGACCAGAGAAAGUAUUGGUCCCUGCUUCGCUGAUGUCCACCGACCGAUUAAGAAUUUUCUUUGGUUAUCCUUAUCGGCACACGCAACACCCGUCAAAUUAAGAAUUUCCCUCUCUUUCCAUUCCAAGACUUUUAUUGUGCAGUGACCAACAUAUAGCCGCAGUCACAGUGCCCAUUGGCACACAACUCUACACACACUUGAAGUGAGGAAAAUCUUGUAGCUCUGGCCAGGAGGCAAUCAUGGCGGAGGGUGUCGUCGGUUCGUUAAUCUUGAAGCUCGGUGAUGCCCUGGGAAAUGAAUCUGGCCAGCUGGGGUCGUCGUUGCUCGUUUAUGAGGCAACUGCUCUGAAAGGCUUGUUUGGUGAGAUACGGAUGAUCAAGGAGGAGCUGGAGAGCAUGCAGGCCUUCUUCUGUACUGCUGAGAGGUUCAAGGAUACUGAUGAGACAACCGUUGCAUUUGUGAAGCAAAUCAGGGGUCUUGCUUUCGACAUCGAGGAUGUUAUUGAUGAGUUCACCUACAAGCUGGGAGAGGAUCGCGAAGGCAUGUUCCUACUGAAAGCAAUCAGGAGGAUCAGACAAAUCAAGACAUGGUAUCGGCUGGCCAACAGUCUGCAGGAAAUCAAGGUUAACCUCAAGAGUGCUGCAGAGAGGAGGUGCAGAUAUGACCUGAAGGGCGUUCGAAGGGACAAGAAACUGAUGCGGUUAGGGAGCCUGAAUCAAAGAUCUACAGAAUCAGUACAUUUUAAGAGGGCAGCUGAUCUGGUGGGGAUUGCUGAGGAUACACAACUUUUGAUGGAUUGGUUGAAGGAUGAGGAGCAGCAGCAUAUGAUAAUUACUGUAUGGGGCAUGGGUGGUGUUGGUAAGACGACACUUGUUGCUCAUGUUUACAGUGCUAUCAAAACUGACUUUGAUACUUGUGCUUGGAUCACUGUGUCUCAUAGCUAUGAAGCUGAUGAUUUGUUGAAACAAAUUGUCGUGGAGUUCCGGAAGAACGACCACAAGAAGGAGUUCCCCAAGGAUGUUGAUGUCACGGAUUAUAGAAGUCUGGUAGAGACAAUCCGACGUUAUCUGGAGAAGAAAAGGUAUGUUCUUGUUUUAGAUGAUGUGUGGAGUGUGAAUGUUUGGUUUGAUAUCAAAGAUGCAUUUUCUCAUGGGAAACAAGGGCGGAUAAUGUUUACAUCUAGAAUAUAUGAGGUUGCUCUACUUGCUCCUGAAAGCCAAAAGAUCAACCUGCAACCCUUGCAAAAUCACUAUGCUUGGGACCUUUUUUGUAAAGAGGCAUUUUGGAAGAAUGAAAAUAGGAGUUGCCCAGUAGAAUUGCACCCCUGGGCCCAAAAGUUUGUUGAUAAGUGCAAGGGCUUGCCAAUUGCUAUUGUGUGCAUAGGGCGCCUUCUGUCAUUCAAGAGUGCGAAUUUAUUGGAGUGGGAGAAUGUGUACAGAAAUCUUGAGAUGCAGUUUACCAACAAUUACAUCCUAGAUAUGAACAUAAUCCUGAAGGUUAGUUUGGAAGACUUGCCACACAAUAUGAAGAAUUGCUUCCUCUAUUGCUCCAUGUUCCCAGAAAAUUAUCUGAUGCAAAGGAAGUGGUUGGUACGGCUUUGGAUUGCAGAAGGAUUUAUUGAAGAGAGUGAGCAUAAGACACUGGAAGAGGUGGCAGAAGAUUACUUGACCGAACUCAUUAACCGUUGUCUAUUAGUGGAGGUUAAGAGGAAUGAAUCUGGAUACAUUGACGAUUUCCAAAUGCACGAUAUCUUUCGUGUUUUAGCUCUCAACAAGGCUCGCGAAGAGAACUUCUGUGUUGUCCUCGAUUACUCAAAGACUCAUCUUAUUGGCAAAGCACGCCGCUUGUCAAUGCAAAGGGGGGAUAUUUCACAGAUAGCAGACAAUGUGCCACAUCUGCGCUCAUUGCUUGUUUUCCACAACUCACUUAGUUUCAAUUCACUUCGUUCCUUCUCAAGGUCUGUUAAGUUAUUGUCCGUCCUGAAUCUUCAAGACAGUUCUAUUGAGAGUCUACCAAAUGAUGUGUUUGAUUUGUUUAAUUUACGUUUUCUGGGUCUUAGACGAACAAACAUUACAUAUAUCUCGAGAUCGAUUGGAAGGCUUCAAAAUUUGCUAGUGCUGGAUGCUUGGAAAAGCAAAAUUAUGAUUCUACCAGAGGAAAUUAUAAGGCUGUCUAAGUUGACACAUCUAAUUGUGACUGUGAAACCAGUGAUAACUUCUAUGAAUUUUGUUCCUUCUGUUGGCAUACCGGCACCUACUGGUUUAUGGUCUUUGGCAUGUUUGCAGACAUUAUUACUGAUGGAAGCUAGCUCUGAAAUGGUCUUUUACCUUGGUAUUCUGGUGAACUUGAGAUCAUUUCGCAUCAGCAAAGUACAAGGCCGCCAUUGCAGCAAGCUGUUUUUUGCUAUUACCAAUAUGGUCCAUCUUAUCCGGCUUGGAAUACAUGCAAAUGAUAAACAGGAAGUCCUGCAACUUGAAGCACUGAAACCACCUCCAUUGCUGCAGAAGCUUAUCUUGCAGGGAACAUUAGAUAAAGAAUCAUUGCCUCAGUUUUUCAUGUCAAUUAGUAAACUGAAAAGCCUCACAAUUCUACGGCUUGUCUGGUCAAAACUCGACGAAGAAGACUUCUAUUAUCUUGAGGAAUUACAGCAGCUAGUAAAGCUUCAGCUUUAUGAUGCAUACAAUGGCAAGAGGCUGUUUUUCCAGGCAACCUCGUUUCCAAAGCUCCGAAUACUGAAGAUCUGGGGAGCUCCUCACCUCAGUCUGAUCAAGAUAGAAAGUGGGGCAAUGUCCAGCUUGGCUGAUUUGAAGCUCCUGCUGUGUCCAGAACUGAAGUUAUUGCCUCGUGGCAUUGAACAUGUGGCCACUCUUGAAGAGAUGACGUUGGAUUCUACAGCAGAAGAACUUGUGGGCAGGGUUAGGAAGAAGAAUGAGGCGAAGAUUUCUCACGUCAAGAGAGUUUAUGUCGGGUUCAUCAGAAAUGGUGAGCUGGCUGCAGAAAGGAUACAGUGAAUGAUCUCAAUCUAGGCAAUGCCAUUCCUAUUGUGUGUAUCUGUUGUCUGAUGAUGUAUACUAAUCCAGACAAUCUCAUUUUUCUUUUGAAUUGUAGUUCUCUGUUCUGUAAUUGAAUCUUUGUAUAUAUAUUUGUAUCAUAUAACCCAUUUUGGGUUUUAUAUUAAUAUGUGAAGAUAUGCAGAAGGAUU